AUGCCUGGCUUGAUUCGGCGACUUAUAACUCCUCAACGGUCAAAGCCCAGUACUCGAGAUCGGGUACAGGAUCAAGAUCGCAAUCAUGCGCCCAAUGAUGAACUUACCGAUUCAUGCGAGGACUUAAGUUCUUGCUGCGCCAAGAAGUCUACACAAAAGAGGACCAACAGCACAAAGCCGCGAGUGUCACGGCUUCCUGUGCCAAAGAAAAGCUCGGCAAUAGCGACGCCUGUUACUAUUCAAAGAGUGCCAGACGUUCAACGUAUUACGCAUCCAGUCCCGGUCCAUGCUUUGCCAACCCCUCAAUUGAGAGCUCCUUCGAUCAGCUCUUCCUGCUUUGAGGGACGAAAUGCAGCCCUUGAGGCUCUCACAGGCAGUGAGCCCACCAACAGAAGGCCUGCACAUGUUCUUUGUCCUGUUGAGCACGGGCAAGCCCACCCACAUUCCUACCACCACUUUCAUUCCUCCCAAUCCUCUCAGUACAUGCGCCCCCCUCGCUCUAGACACGGCCACUCUAGCUCUGUCAAUGACAAUAGCUCGUACCGUGAGAGGAUCUCGCCCGAGGCGUCGAUUCUUUCUUUGUCGGACCAUGGCGCUGGUGGUUACGAUGUCGAGCCAACCAGCCGGCCGCUUGACCAGCCCAUGUAUGACGGUCAAAGCCUUGGCUCGUCAUCAGACAGUGUUGACCGUCUAUUUCGUGAGACCGAUGAAGCAUUCAAAGCUCUAGGGUCUGCACUUAGAGAGACGCAGCGCGCAUCACAGAUAUCUGUUUUACCAUCACCACCAUCACCACCUGGAAUACCUACUACAUAUCACAAGCAUUCCAAAUCCAUGCCUUUGCCUGCGGGCUUCCAGAAACAUGGGAGAUUGAGAGGCGAGGAAUCGUCCUCGAUCUCCUCCCAAAGGUCAUCUCCAGACAGACGGACAUCGGUGGUCAAGAAGCCCCAAAGAAAGAAGCAGAGUUUCGUUGGGCAGUCAUUUUCCAGGGCAGCGAUCCGUACUCCACGAUGGACUUUAUCGGAGAACGUGACAGACAUCCUAACAGGCCAGCGUUUCCGGCGCAUCGAAGCUGAUGAGAUGCUGACACCCGACCGCAUCGAAGCGGUGCGCAAGAAACGAGAAGCGGCGCAACAAUUAGACGAGGAACGUGCUGAGGAGCGUGCCAAAGAGCGAUGCUCAAUCGACUCGAUCCGGAGUGUGACUUCAGAUAACUCCGAGACAGACGUCGAACCAUUUCAUCUUGACGAACUCGCAUCUCGAAUUAGAGCGAGACAAGCUGCGGAGAACAUGUCCAUUCCGGUCGAAGCAACGCCUCCAGCUCCAGAGCUGACCCCUGACCUGGAGUCUAUUCCUCGAAACUUUUCGAAGCCUAUGUCUGUGGUCGGAGACGAUGAAUACAUCAGAAGUGGACAGGAGAAAAGCGAGGCUUCACCGAAUGCUUCACCGAAUGCUUCACCUCAGAUGCCAACCAGGAAUCCAGCGCGUGUCGGUACAGAGGCUGUAGAAAUACUGCCAGCGAUUCCAGAGGUUGUGGGAACAGCGGCAGCCAAGUCACAACCCGAACCGUCGAUUGAUGCACCAGCCUCUGCGACUCCCAACCUGAAUAUGGAGGAGACGGAUGAAUACUUUUACUUGAAGAGUACACCCUAUACUCUCACCAAGCCUUCUUUCCGCCAUGGACCUAUCACCCUCGCCAAAGCUGAGGUGGGCAAAGGGGUCAAGACAAUGGACGAUACACUAGACUGGACAGCAUUCCAGAUGGCGAUUUUAGGAGGAGCCGGAGAUUUCUUCCAAGACAUGUCCAUCGACGAGGACACGAAGCAGGUGGAAGAAAUCACGUCAUGGUUUGACACGUUUGGCUUCGAGACAUAUGGGGUGCUGAUCGGAGACGUGCCUGAGCCAGAACCUGAGCCUGAGCCAGCGCAUUCGCAUACGCAUGUUCCAUCGCUGCGAUCGUCUUCUCAUAGCACCUACUCGUCAACACCUUCAACCAUCGACACGGACAUUGACCUGCCGAUCCCGGUGGGUGCUGAGUUCCCUUCCGGGUUCUGGAACGCCCCGGCGCCCGGUCAGGCUCUGGACAAAGCUAAGUUCUUUAACAGUACAGGACUCAAACGAUGGGUUGGCGAAGGACGUCCCAAACGCCCGACUUCGCACGAGGAGGAGGGAGAGGGAAGCCUACCGCCGAGUCCGAUGAUGCCUCUCGUGGUUCAUAUGAGCGAUGGCGACGCCGAUUUUCCGGAUACGGUACCGAUGGGUUAUAACCUGCAUCACGAUUUAGGUGACUUUUUGAGAUGGGAGGCGGAGAAUGUGUAUGCAUCUGGGUUUAGCAUGUCACCUUGA